UAAAGGAGGGUAGUACUGCGGCAGCCGGCAGAGCCGCGGAGGGAGAUCAAGUGCUGAAAAGGUAGCAGUGCGGCUCGUUAGUAUCGCCGGUCUUUCACCGCAAGUAUCAGAGAGCAGAGGAAGGAAGCGCAUCCCCGCGUGAUGCUCCGCUUGAGACCGCAACAUUUCAUUUGAAAGACGUCUCACGGGGGGAAAGAUUGUAGCCUAAAAUCUUUUUGAAGGCAAGGUAUUUUGAUAUAAUUCAACGCGAGGGGCUGACACCUCUCAAGCCGUGCAUCACCUGAGAGGAGAAGAGUGACUGCGCCAACAUGGGGUAUGGGCGGUCAGACAGUUACCGCGUUGCCACCACACAGGACAAAGAUGACCGAUCCCCCAAGAAGAAGAAGGGGGGAACCAAGGACAUGGAUGACCUGAAGAAGGAAGUGCCCAUUACAGAACAUAAGAUGUCCAUAGAGGAAGUAUGCAGGAAAUUCCAGACUGACAUUGUCCAGGGAUUGACCAAUGCCAAGGCAGCAGAGUUUCUGAUCAGGGAUGGUCCCAAUGCCCUUACCCCUCCUCCCACCACCCCGGAGUGGGUCAAGUUCUGUCGCCAGCUGUUUGGUGGAUUCUCCGUCCUUCUGUGGAUCGGCGCCAUCCUCUGCUUCCUGGCCUACGCCAUCCAGGCAGCCACUGAGGACGAUCCUGCAGGAGAUAAUUUGUACCUAGGUAUUGUGCUCACAGCUGUUGUCAUCAUUACUGGUUGCUUCUCAUACUUUCAAGAGGCCAAGAGCUCCAAAAUCAUGGAGUCUUUCAAGAACAUGGUGCCUCAGCAAGCCUUGGUGAUCCGUGAGGGUGAGAAGGUACAGAUCAACGCUGAGGAAGUGGUGGCUGGAGACAUGAUUGAAGUGAAGGGAGGAGACAGGAUCCCUGCUGACAUUAGGGUUGUUUCUGCUCAUGGCUGCAAGGUUUCUGCCACAUGCUGCUGCCUGAGGACCAGUACCCCAAGGGCUUUGCCUUUGACACGGAGGAUGUAAACUUUCAGACAGACAACCUUUGCUUUGUUGGCCUCAUGUCCAUGAUCGAUCCUCCCCGUGCUGCUGUGCCUGAUGCUGUUGGCAAAUGCCGAUCUGCUGGUAUCAAGGUCAUCAUGGUCACUGGAGAUCACCCAAUCACAGCCAAGGCCAUUGCCAAAGGAGUGGGCAUCAUCUCUGAGGGCAAUGAGACAGUGGAGGACAUUGCAGCUCGUCUCAACAUACCUGUCAGCCAGGUGAACCCCAGGGAUGCCAAGGCCUGUGUGAUCCAUGGUACAGACCUGAAAGAUCUUUCUCAGGAUCAGAUGGACGACAUCCUGAGGAAUCACACAGAGAUUGUCUUUGCCAGGACCUCCCCACAGCAGAAGCUCAUCAUUGUAGAAGGCUGCCAGAGACUGGGUGCCAUUGUAGCUGUGACAGGUGAUGGUGUGAAUGACUCUCCAGCGCUGAAAAAGGCUGACAUUGGUGUUGCCAUGGGGAUCUCAGGCUCAGAUGUGUCCAAACAGGCCGCUGACAUGAUCUUGUUGGAUGACAACUUUGCCUCUAUUGUCACAGGAGUGGAAGAAGGCCGUUUGAUCUUUGAUAACCUUAAGAAGUCCAUUGCCUACACCCUGACCAGCAACAUCCCAGAGAUCACCCCCUUCUUGUUUUUCAUCAUCGUGAACAUCCCCCUGCCACUGGGAACCAUCACCAUCCUCUGUAUUGACCUGGGAACUGACAUGGUGCCAGCUAUUUCUCUGGCUUAUGAAAUGGCAGAGAGCGACAUCAUGAAGCGUCAGCCCAGGAACCCAUUCAGGGACAAGCUGGUGAAUGAGAGGCUUAUCAGCAUUGCCUAUGGACAAAUUGGUAUGAUCCAGGCUUUGGGAGGCUUCUUCUCCUACUUUGUCAUCUUGGCUGAAAAUGGUUUCCUGCCCAGUUUUUUAGUAGGCAUCAGGCUCAACUGGGAUGACCGAGCUGUCAACGACCUGGAAGACAGCUAUGGGCAGCAAUGGACAUAUGAGCAGAGGAAGAUUGUGGAGUUCACAUGCCACACAGCCUUCUUUGUCAGUAUUGUUGUAGUGCAGUGGGCUGAUGUCAUAAUCUGCAAGACCAGACGUAACUCUGUGUUCCAGCAGGGCAUGAAGAACAAGAUCUUGAUCUUCGGCCUGUUCGAAGAGACAGCCCUGGCUGCCUUCCUGUCCUACUGCCCAGGCAUGGAUGUGGCACUCAGGAUGUAUCCUCUAAAGCCUACCUGGUGGUUUUGUGCAUUCCCCUAUAGUUUUCUCAUCUUUGUUUAUGAUGAAGUCCGAAAACUCCUCCUCCGCCGGAACCCUGGAGGUUGGGUGGAAAGGGAGACAUACUAUUGAUCGAUGGAGCAUCUUUGCUCAAACCCCCCACAUCUUCCACUUAUUUCUCCCCCCUGUCACUCCAUCCCCGGCAAGACACACCUCCAAAAGCCCCACCCCCUUAAAGACAAAAACCGCUUUAAAGCAAUUUUCAUCACAACUGCC